GACUGUUACCGGACAGGGACUGUGCGAAAGCAGAAACAGAGGAGUUGAAUUUUUCCUCCUUGGCUGGGCGGUGCGGAGGAGGUGGUGGACGGUGUUUAAAGGAGGAUAAACUGAGAUUGAAGCCGCCGUGGGGCACCGGGAGCCCCGUCUGCUGCUACCGCUGCUGCUGCCGCUGCUGCUGCUGCUGUGUAACCCCCCAGACAGCAUCAACAUGGAGCUGGAGAACAUCGUAGCCAACACGGUGCUGCUGAAAGCACGGGAAGGAGGUGGCGGGAACAGAAAAGGCAAAAGCAAGAAAUGGAAGCAGCUUCUGCAGUUCCCCCACAUAAGUUUGUGUGAAGAGCUGCGACAAACCACAGAGAAGGACUACAGCAGCCUCUGUGAGCGCCAGCCUAUCGGACGGUUGCUGUUCAGACAGUUCUGUGAGACUCGACCUGAACUGAGACGCUGCGUCAAGUUCCUGGAUGCUGUGGCGGAGUACGAGGUGACUCCAGAUGAGAAGAGGAAGGAGUGCGGUCAAGAACUCAUCGACAGAUACUUAAACCCAAAGUCGGAGGACCACGUGCCUGAGGUGGAGGAGGCAAUGAUGGCUCAGUGUGCCGAAAGGCUGCAGCAGGACGCCUGCAAAGAGCUCUUCAAGGACUGUACCAAAUUGAUCCACGACUACCUGAGCGUGGCGCCCUUCGCAGACUACCUCGACAGCAUGUACUACAACAGGUUCCUCCAGUGGAAGUGGUUGGAGAGGCAACCCGUGACGAAAAAUACAUUUCGACAGUACAGAGUUUUAGGGAAAGGAGGCUUUGGAGAGGUGUGUGCGUGUCAGGUACGAGCCACAGGGAAAAUGUACGCCUGUAAGAAACUUGAGAAGAAGAGGAUAAAGAAGAGGAAAGGAGAGUCCAUGGCACUUAAUGAGAAACAGAUCCUGGAGAAAGUCAACAGCAGAUUUGUGGUGAGUUUAGCGUACGCCUACGAGACGAAGGACGCUCUGUGCCUUGUGUUGACCCUCAUGAACGGAGGAGACCUGAAGUUUCACAUCUAUCACAUGGGCGAUGCGGGCUUUGACGAGAAAAGAGCCAUCUUCUACUCUGCAGAGAUCUGCUGCGGGCUGGAGGAUCUGCACCGAGAACGCAUCGUCUACAGGGACCUAAAACCAGAGAACAUCCUGCUGGACGACCACGGCCACAUCAGGAUAUCAGACCUGGGUUUAGCAGUCCAUGUACCAGAGGGACAGACCAUCAAGGGACGGGUGGGAACUGUGGGAUACAUGGCUCCGGAGGUGGUGAAAAACGAGCGCUACACCUUCAGCCCCGACUGGUGGGCGCUGGGCUGCCUGCUGUACGAGAUGAUCGAGGGCCAAUCUCCCUUCCAGCAGAGGAAGAAGAAGAUCAAGAGGGAGGAAGUGGAGCGGCUGGUGAAGGAGGUGGAGGAGGAAUAUUCCAGCAAGUUCUCAGAGGACGCCAAGUCCCUCUGUAAAAUGCUUCUGGCCAAAGAUCCCACAGAGAGGCUGGGUAGUCAGGGAGGUGGAGCCUCUGAGGUCAAAGCCCACCUCAUCUUCCGCUCCAUAAACUUCAAACGCCUUGAGGCCGGCAUGCUGCAGGCACCCUUCAUUCCUGAUCCGCAGGCCAUCUACUGUAAAGACGUGCUGGACAUUGAGCAGUUCUCCACUGUGAAAGGAGUGGAGCUGGAGCCCAAAGACGAGUCUUUCUACAGCAAAGUGUCCACAGGCAGCGUCUCCAUUCCCUGGCAGAAUGAGAUGAUCGAGACGGAGUGUUUCGCAGAGCUGAAUGUUUUCCACCAGGACGGGACAGUUCCUCCUGACCUGGACUGGAGAGGACAGCCGUCUCCUCCACCCAAACAGGGACUCCUGCAACGGCUGUUUGGCCGACAGGACUGCUGUGGUAACUGCAGUGACAGUGACGAGGAGCCCACCAGGCUGUGACACACACACACACACACACACACACACACACACACACACACACACACACACACACACACACACACACACACACACACACACACACACACACACACAGGAUCUCAUUUGUUUACAAUUUUUGCACAUUUGUAUUUUUAAGAUAGUACUAUCUCUAAAUGUCAGAAUGUAUAUUUUCAGCAUAGCCAUAAUGUUUAAUGUUAUUUAAAACGUGUGAAAUAUCAGCUGUCGACGCGAACGAGAUGAACAGUUGUUGUUUUGUUUUUUUGUUUUUUUGCUUUUGUUUGUUUGAGUUUGUUUGUCCAGGGAAGGCUUUGCUUUCACAUUCAUCCACUCACACAUGUCCAUUUUACUGAUCUGGGAGCUGCUGCUGGCCAUUGAGCAGCUCCACUGGAACAACCACCUGGUGUAAAAGUGCCUUGCUGGAGGGCACUGUGACAGUGGUUACCAAGGGAGGACUGAGCAUUCCUCAAUCUCUUUACUUCCCCCCCCACUUUGUCCAGGGAAUCAAACUUUUCCUCUUCCGCCCUCCAUUCUGCAGUGACCGACCUCACACAAAAGCUCUAUUUUUCAUUUAAUUCUUUCAAAUGUCUCAUUUUUGCUUGGAUAUUAUGGGUUUUGACCCGAGCCAUGGAGUUGUCUACAUCUGCAGAUAUUUUUAUAUCAAUAGUAUUAUUAUUUUUUAAUUUUUCAAUUUUCCAUUUUCUUGAGACAAUCGACUCGUUGUGUCAGUGCUGCUUCAGUUACUCUUGUCAGUUCAGUGCCAGUUUUGGGAUGUGACUGUAAAGCAAAUGUUAGUGUCACCAAGGUAUCAGCAGAGUAAGAGUGAGAGGUUUCAGGGUUUAAAGGGCCGCCCAGCACACCUGGAUUGCGAUUGGAUGUUAUUACCCAGCUGGUAGCCAAGCAGCCAAUAAAUGAGCCACUGACGAUGAAGCGUGAAUGAUUCAGCUGAUAAUCUGCUGAUGCAGACAUGAUUUUAGUGUUCUACUCAAUCUAAUGUUAUAUUGUGUUCAUUUUGGGAGACAAAAUUGUAAUACGUUUUUAGUUUUUAGAGGUCCAAGAAGUUCUUUGCCUCCUUGAGCAGCUUGUCGUUGACACUAACAAUUACUACACCAUUAAUACACACAUUAAUUAGAGUACUGAGUAAUAAGUGAUGAAGAAAACUAAAUCCUCCUAAAAAGAACAUUUUACUGGGAUGCUGGUUUCAAAUCUACAACAAAACAAAACAAAAAAAAACAUUCCAGUUUCAGAAAAUACAUACAUCAGUUUGGAGUUCAGUGUUUGUUACUCAAAGAUAAUUUGACAUGUGGACAGGAGGAAUGGUUAAACUGCCAAUCCUGUGACAUUAUUGGCAACCCUCUCUACGAGGGGGUGAAGGUCAAUGAGUCAAUAUCUGAUCAUAAACUAAGUAUCUGAAUAUUGUUACUGCACACAGAGUUUGUCUCUCAGUGUUUCUAGUCUAAUUUACUUUUUUCCACAAUUUUAUUCCCGACUCUUCUUCUCUUUUUUUAACCUUGCUAAUGAGCAGAUGGUGGCUGGAUGAUUUCCAGCCUGUGCAGGUUUACACUUCCUCUGCCAGCAGACCACCUCAUGUGUGGUAGCAAAAAUGCAAGAAAAAAGUCAAACAAUUUAUCCAUUCAGGUCUGUUGCAGAUUGCUUCCUGAUCAGAUGGUUAAAGUCACAUUAAAGCGACGACAGGAGUAACUGAAGCUUUUGGGUGAAAUCCUUCGUCAGGCAGAGACUGAUGCUGGUCUGUUUAUCACUGCAAUGAAAUGCCUCACUGGUAUUGUUGCAGUCAAUGGCUUCCUCAAAGAAUAUGGCCUCUGAUUUUAAGCUAUUAAAAUGAAAUACCUCUGAAUGUACAACUGGCUGUCAUAUUAUUUCUGUAGACUGAGAAGAUGGAUAUCGGAAACCAGACACCAAGUUUUUUUCCUGUUAAGUAUGAUAGUGAAACACGUCAUGAAUUCAUAAAAGUGUGGAAUUAUCCACAAAAUAAUGCUAGAGGUCGAUGAGAAAAGUACGUUUUGUUAUACUUUUGAGUGAACUUACUGCAACUUACAAAUAUGUUCAUUAUCGGUUAAUCUGCUGAUUAUUUCUCAAUUAAUUGUUUUGUCUAUAAAAUGGCAGAAAUUAGUGAAAAAUGUCUGUUAUGAUCUCCCACAGCCCAAAAUAUUUACUACCAUGUACGACACAGAAAACCAUCAAAGUUUUACAUUUGAAAGGAUGGAACCAGCAAAAGUUUGGUAUUUUUGCUGAAUAAUUACUAAAUUGAUCAAAGUCGUUGCUGAUUAAUUUUCUGUCAAUCGACAAAAUGACCAAGAAAUGGUCGCGGCUCUAAGACAGCCUGUGUUGAAAAAUUCUCUUUAAAACGGGUUUUUUUUUUUAAGAUAAUCAACCAACCGUCUGGCGUUGAUGAAUUCUUGUGACUUUUGGUAAGCUUUUGCAGAGAUGGAUUCAUUGUUCAAGUUUCUUUGUAUAAACCAGUGAAAGUCUUUUGUCAAAGUUUGCCUAGUGCUAUCUGCUUUUUGUUUGAGGACAGAGCUCUUGACUUGUAACACUUAAACCAGUUAAACCAAACCAGUUAUAACAGAAGAUCAAAGAUGACAGAGUCCUUCCCAUCCAAGGUGCCUUUUGGUGUUUGAAGGUACUCCUCCAGCCUGUAGUUGCCUCUUUUUAUUAUACUGUAUGUGUAUGUUAAUGUGCUCAUGCAAAGCCUGCUGCUGCGUCAGCUUCAAUUCACUUCCUGUCUGUGAUACCUUGUGUGUUCGUCGUCGGAUGCUCUUCGUGAAAUUGAGGACGAUGAGACUGAAAGAAUCUCUGCACUUGAAGACUGCUGUCGACUCUCCCGUCCCCGACCUCUGAACUCUGAAGUCUCUGCAGUGAUUUUUUAAAGACUGAGAGGUCAAAGGGGAAUUUUUUGGGAGUCAGAGGAGCUUUCUAACAUUCUCCAUGGAUGUUUAAAUCAGAACUCAACUGCUGUGUCUCUCUGCUGUCGGAUAGCCUCUGUUUAUGUUUCCUUUGUAUUAAGGAUGCACUGACACUGUAACAGUCUUAAAGGAUAAUUCCAGUUUAUUACAACUUGGGUCUCAUUUUUGAAGUUUUGUUCAUCAUUCUUAUCAGUAAUAUUAACAUUGCAUUCACCAGUUUAAUGGCUAAAAUCUGGGACAAGGCACCUCAGACCAAAACAAUGGGGACAAGGCUGACCAGACUCCAUUUACCUAGAAGAGUAGUCAUAAGUAGAGUAUUUCCAAAGUCUUUACAUCAGCCAUAUAUGCUUAUUUGGACAAAAUAAACCUGUAAUUCACAGAGUUAGAUAAGAAAAUAGCUGGCUGCCAUUUAAGGUUAGCUAAUCCUUGAGAACAAAUUUGCCUGUCAAAGUACGUCCACCAAAAGUGCAACAAACUGAGCCACUGACAGGCUCAGAUUCUUAUCUGAGCCUUAAAUGUCUGACAACAUUAUGGAAAGGACCCCUACAGAGAUAGACUUUUAGAUAGAUAAAUGUGGUACUUUUACCUCGCAUAACUUAACAACUUCAUUCUGAUUGGAAAGAAACAGAAUAAAACCGUCUUUAUUAGCGUUUCCAAUCACAGACACAGGUUUGGUAGAAUUAAAUCCUUAAUUCACCGACAUAGAUGUGAAAAACAUCAGUUUCAGUCGCUCUCCUCAGUCGUACACAGGGAGAGACUGUAUACCCUAACAUGCACUUGCCGCCAGACUGGAUUUGUAAACAAAGGCUGCGAUAGCAACACAGGUAGUGAGUGUGACAUCCCUCUCGCCAUGACUCAACUAUAUAUUUACAUAGCAAAUAUAUUUGUAUAUGUAACAUAGCCAUUUGCUGCUAUAUUAAUGUUUUCAAUCUCAAUAUAUAACCUUUGAAGGCACUCAGAAAUUGUUUAAAUCAGAUGAUGGAGUCCAUACAUGAAUAUAAAUUUUUUUGCCAAAGUUAGACCAUAAAACACAUUUCUGUAAUUUGUUUCUGCUUCUCACUGAUUUGACAGUCUCAGUUGGAAAAAGGUGUUAUCACAAAAUGGAAAUGCGAGGACAUUUGUGAGGUUGUUUGCUUAUAUUGUGUGUUAGUUGCUCCUCAUUAGUCUGAUUAUAAGGCUAAUGAGGAGACUAAAUAAAUACAAUAAAAAAUGCCAGGUUGACAUGAAUAACUGAUAUCUUAACAGGGAGGUGUAUGCCAAUGUUUCCAUAACCCAAUAAACACUUCCAGGUGCAGCUCUAAAUUCAGAUUAUGGCAAUUAGCGUUUCACUAAUACAUUAUUUUGAUUAUUAAUACAAAAGCUUAAUCUACUUAUUAAAAGAGCUUUAUUUAAUGUCUUUGCUUGUCGAUUAAGGAUCAUGAGAAAUAAUGUAUUUAUCAUUAUCAUUCACCCUGUUUUAAUUAGGAUGGCUGCCUCUAAAUGAGGAGGUAGUGAUACAAAUAUUAUGCUCCCACAGUUCAUCUCCUGUUCGUUUAUUUUUAAUAAUGUCAGUUAUUGUAGUUAGUAAUUUGGUGAGUGCAAUGUUAUUAUUAGUGAAAGAAAUGAGGAAUGGUAAAAAAAAAUCUGAAUUAUCCUUUAAAGUAAAAACUGUUUAAAUUGGUAGAAAUUAGAAUAGAAAAAAAAUUACUAAAAGUCUAUAUUCAUGUGUCAAUAUUUUUAGCAAAAGGGUUAUUUUUUUGUUUUUUGAACAUGAUCUUGAAUCUCUGUAACAGACCUUUUGUUGUUGUUUUUAUUUUUUAUUUUUUUGUGGGAAAUGUUCCAAACUGAUCGUCCAGCUCUGCUUCAGUGUCACCUGAUAACUUGAAUAUCAGUGAAACCAAGAGAAAAAGUUGUGUUGGUGCAUCUUCCGUGUGUUUCGGUACUUUCCUAUAUACAAAUCCUAUUUUAUUUAAUUGUUGUUUAUUUUUUAGUUUAGCAAUAAUGUUUUAUACAUUUCAAAUUAAUUUGAACUGCUGAGAGCUUAGAGCUGUGUAUGUGUGUGUGUGUGUGUGUGUGUGUGUGUGUGUGUGUGUGUGUGUGUGUGUGUGUGUGUGUGUGUGUGUGUGUGUGUGUGUGCGUGUAUUUGUGUGUGUGAGAGUGUGAGAGUGUAUGUGUGCGAGUUGGCAUCAUGUUUAUCUGAGCCUGGCUUGUAAACGAUGUGAGAACAGAGAGCCUCUCCUCUGUUUUGUACCAUAAACCAUUUUCUUUACUCUCUGUGGUUUUGUACUUCUAUCUUUGUGAGGACCGAUUUGAGUUUUCGAGGUCUUGGACAGUUUGGACAUACUCUGUCUGGGCUCUUAGAAGGCUAAGAGUUGGUAUUAGGGCUACAAACUAAAGGAGCCUUGGAGCCUCCUCAGUGCCCAUUUUCUGUUGCAAAUCUUUCAUGGAAGCAGCCAGGGAGCCAGCUAGCAUUGUAGGAAGAAGAUGUCCCCAUUCUUAAUCCCACAUCCAAAGGUCUGAUUGGUUGUUUCUCUGAUUGUUUGGCACAAACAGCGACUGAGAGGACUAGAGCUGGGCUACCUCCAUUGUAGAGAUUUGGGAAACAGCAUUGAUUACAGCAAGGAGCGUGAGCCUCCUACACCAUGAAAUAAAAAAACCCUCACAGGAAUCAUCUCAAAUAUUUCUCUUUGAACACAAAAACUGGUUUCCAGUUGCAAAUAUUUUGCAUAAUUCAUUAAAAAAAUACAAAAACAACUAAAUAAAAUUGCUAGUUUUGGUCUGUUAUAGUAGGUGAAAACUACAAUGGUCAAAUUUGUGAAAAAGUUGCAGUGAUUGCACAAAAUUGCAAAGGGACUGAAGAAUGGUAGAAAAAUAUGAGAAUAGUACCCAUACUAACCCUUUUAUGGUUAGGGUCAUUAUAUCGGUAAGGGUCCUCACAAAUAUAGAUGUACAAACCUAAACAUUGUCUUCUUUUUCUGAGUGAUUCUACAAUAUAGAUGCUACAUAUUUCAAAAACACUGAGAUUUCAAUUACCUGAGAAGAAUCAAAAAGGUUUGACAACAUUUUAAGUAAUGGAAAGGAAUCUGUUGGUUGUGGUACAUCCAGCGCUGACAAGCAGAAUCACUCUGAAUUAAAGUGGUUUAAUCUAUCUACAUGAGUGGAUGAGAAUACUUGUCAUGUGUUGAACUUGUGUAAAAUCUUCAUGUCUGCUUGUAUUUGUUCAUGACGCGGUUCAAGGAUUCAGGGAGUUCAGCUCUGAAUGUGUCCAGUUUUGUUUAACUUUGUUUUUAUUCUCUCUUGUUAAUAGACCAUUCAUUAAUCCUAAGAGCCUUACACUGGGGAAACAGCCUCUAUUAAUAAACAGACUGCUUUCAUUCAUUUUCAGUCCACUUAAUUCAAAA